UUCUUUCUACUUCUCGGGGUAUAAUGACCGACCGAGAAGCUCGACUAGAAAGAAUCGGUGGAGAAAUCUUGUGUUAUAUAUGGUAAUCUUUCGAAUAUCCGAAUUGUAUCCCAACUUCUUAUUUGUGAAAAAAGAAAAGAUAAAGAAGAGGUUUCUAAUAUCAUUCCUAUUACAUUAAUUGAUACUUGAAGGGGAUUUUAGAUGGAAUGAAAGAACAAAAAAUGGAUUCAAUUUGGGAAGGUUAAAUUUCUGAAUCACUUUUUCAAUAGUAUGUUCCAAGUUCCUUUAGAUAAUGAAGAUCUGGUUUUAGGUUAUGCUUCAGGAAGGAUCCAACAUAGUUUUUUUAUACCUAUACUGCUCAGAAAUAGUGUUAAGUAUUUAGAAUUUGACCAGAGCAGUUCUAAUUUAUAGACUCCGUAACAAACAAAGAUUUGAAUGAUUAGUCAGUUUUUUUUUCAACUUAAAAAGUCCUUUCACUUUCAUCACUUUCAAGGGAUACAAUUCGCGAUUUCAAAGUUUAAAAAAACUUAUUUUCUUCAAAACAAGUAUGUAUAUUCAAAAUUUAAGGGACGACAAAUAUGAAAAUAAAAGCUUCUGUUCGUAAAAUUUGUGAAUAAUGUUGACUGACACGUAGACGGGGGCGAAUUAUAGUAAUUUGCUUUAACCCGAGACAUAGACAAAGACAAGGAUAAUCUUGCUAAGCGGAAACGCUCUAAAGGAUCUGAUGUACAAAUAAAAAAAUGUAUAAAUAAAAAAAAGGAUCUAUUUUGACAUGAAAUGGAUAUAUCCAUAGACCCCUGACUUAUAUUUAUGAGAUAAUAAAAUAUGGCAAAACCUUUACCAAGAAUUGGUUCAUGCAGGAAUGGACGUAUUAGUUCAUGUAAGAGUGCGCAUAAAAUACCAAAAGGAGUUAUUCAUGUUCAAGCAAGUUUCAACAAUACUAUUGUGACCGUUACAAAUGUACGGGGUCGAGUGAUUUCUUGGUCCUCCACCGACACUUGUGGAUUCAGGGGCACAAGAAGAGGAACGCCAUUUGCAGCUCAAACCGCAGUAGGAAAUGCUAUUCGAACAGUAGUGGAUCAAGGUAUGCAACAGGCAGAAGUCAUGAUAAAAGGUCCUGGUCUCGGGCGAGAUACAGCAUUAAGAGCUAUUCGCAGAAGUGGUAUAUUAUUAAGCUUCGUCCGAGAUGUAACCCCUAUGCCACAUAAUGGCUGCAGGCCCCCUAAAAAAAGGCGUGUGUAA